GGGGACUUGGAUGAGGUAACACUUGGAUGAAUUAACACUGAAGGGGACUUUGACUAAAUCAUACGAAGUUUCUGAAUGCCUGCUGAGCGCGUUUCAUCGAAGUCGAUCAAUUCCUAUCAGCACGCAACCAGAUAAGGCUGUGUGUACUCGAGCAGUUGUGACUUAAACAAAGAGGGGUAAUCUAAACUGGAGAAAAAUGAGCAACGAGGGAGUCGAUCUUAAAAAGGCAACUGCUGUACCGCACGUAGUUAAAGAGGAGGUUAUUGCAGCAGGAAAAUGGGUCAAACUGGAGAAGACCACCUAUGUGGACCCCUCUGGAAAUACAAGGACCUGGGAGACCGCAAAGAGGACGACGAGGCAGGCUAACACGAAGGCCGACGGUGUGGGAAUUUUCGCCCUUCUGAAGAGAACCCUCCACAAAGACUGUGUUGUCAUGGUGAAGCAAUUCCGACCACCAAUGGGAUGCUACACUCUCGAGUUCCCAGCAGGGCUCAUUGACGACAAUGAGAGCUCGGCGACGGCCGCUCUCAGGGAGCUGAAGGAGGAGACGGGGUACACGGGGGAGGUGGUGGGCGUCACCCCAGUUACGUGUCUGGACCCGGGCCUGUCUAACUGCACCACUCAGAUUGUCAUGGUGAACAUCAAUGGGGACGACCCCGAAAACCUCAAUCCUACACAGCAGUUAGGAGAUGGAGAAUUCGUGGAUGUCAUCCUUCUACCUCUCAACGAAUUUCAGAAUAAAAUUGACGAGUUGUUGCAGAAGGAGAACAUCAUAGUGGACUCCAAGGUCUACAUCUACGCCAUGGGAAUGACUCAGGCCUUCGCCAAGCCCAAUGAGCUGCCGGUGCUCAAGCAGUGAGAGCCUUCCAGUCUUCCAGCCAUCCCACUUUACCCCUUUCCCUCAGAGUCACGCUUUAGCAUUCCACCGUCGCCAUGGCGACCGGGACGAGAACAUUCCCUAACGCCCACUAACGAAACCGACCUACUCUGCGCCCCGUCGUCAAGACGAGCCAAUACCAGGGGGUGCCUCGAGUGAUGACAUUAAAAUGAUUCGAAACCUGAGGCAGGCUCUGUUACAUCCUCGUGUUUUGGAGCUGGCCAGAGAGCAUGGCCUUAUUUGUGUCACUGUUGAAUAUAAUUUUGACAGUUAUUUUAAAUAUGUGGACAUAGAUUACUGUUUCUCACCCCAAGUUAGGGCGAGAUGACUUUACUAA